AUGUCCGUCUCCAGCAACUCCUCAGCCUCAGACGGCGUUGACUGGCAAGAUGUCGAACCGGAUGAGGAGCAGCUUACAUUCACUUCGCCAUUUGGGCCAGAGACCUUCCCAACUCUGCGCGAGCUUCUCGACCACUGCCAAAACACCAAGGGAUUUGAUCUUGUAGCAACCUUUAAACGCUUAGGGCUGGAUUUCCAUGGAGGUGUCAAGCUCGUCAAUUUCCUUCGCUGCUCCACACGAGACUCAACCCCAGUCCGCAACGAAGUGACUGCCGAAGACUUCGCUGAUGACAAAUAUCUCAUACCAGUGUUAGAAAACGACGCUUUGCUAUUUUCCCUCGAUGAAAUCUUGGAGCAAGAGAAUGAGAGCGCUGUUACUUCGGAGGGCGCAGCUUCUGGGCCGUCCGAACUCGCAGCACAAAACAAGGAGCUUCAAGCUCAACUGGAAGCGCUCAAGGAGCAGUUUGCCAACUAUCGCCUCGCUGUUGAGGAGACGCUAGAUCGCCGCUGGGGAGAUGAAAAGGAACCUGCUCCUUCAAACAUUGCUCCUAAGAAGGACAAUGGCGAUUACUACUUCGAAUCAUACGCUGCCAAUGAAAUCCACGAGACGAUGCUCAAAGAUCAAGUUCGCACAGAUGCUUAUCGUGAUUUUAUUUACGAAAACAAGAACCUCUUUGCUGGAAAGACAGUUCUCGAUAUCGGCUGUGGCACUGGCAUUCUGAGCAUGUUCUGUGCUAAAGCAGGAGCUUCUCAUGUUAUUGCUGUGGAUAAAUCUGAUAUCAUUGCAAAGGCAACUGAAAACGUCUUCAACAAUGGGUUAUCUGAUAAGAUCACCUGCCUCCGUGGUGCCAUCGAGGAUGUGAAACUACCAGUAGACAAGGUAGACAUCAUCGUCAGUGAGUGGAUGGGCUAUUGUUUGCUCUACGAGGCCAUGCUUCCCAGUGUUUUGUAUGCUCGCGAUCACUACCUGAAAGAAGGGGGACUCUUAAUCCCCAGUUCCGCGACGCUAUGGAUAGCCCCGAUUGAAGACCCAGAGUUUGUUGCCGACAGCAUUGACUAUUGGCGCGACGUAUAUGGCUUUGACAUGAAAGCUAUGCAAGAAAACAUUUACGAUGAAGUCAGGGUUCAAGUCAUGCCCUCUAAAAUAGUUUGUGGUACAGCAUCCCCGUUCCGAUGCUUGGAUCUCUACAGAGUCACCACAGAUGAGCUUGUCUUCACCGCUGAAUGGACAUCGCAACUGACAAGACAAAUUGAUAGCCUUACCGGCUUUUUAAUUUGGUUUGACAAUUUCUUUGCCGGUUCAACAUCUACGUACAUGCCGAACCCUGAGGAGACUCCAGAAACUUGGAAGAAGCAACCGGGCGACAUUGCUUUUACAACAGGGCCAUUUGAAAAGGAAACGCAUUGGAGGCAGGGCGUUAUGAUACUACCUCCUUCGGAGUCCAGUGCUCUAGAAUCUGGAGCAAAAUUGUCUGGCACAGUCACUUUUGCUACCGCAGAGUCCAACAAACGAGCUCUUGAGAUUGAAAUUGCGUGGUCGACGAAUGAGAAGACGCCAAUUACACGCAAGUGGGAUCUAAAAUAA